AUGUCCAACGCCGCACCUACUCGCACUUUCGCAAUCUUCGAGCUGGCCGAAGCGAUCUUCCUCGAGCUGCCUAUGCGCGACCUGCUUGUCCAUCAGCGCACUUGCAAACAAUGGCAGGCAGUCAUGCUCGAGUCGAGUAAACUCCAAGAAGCUAUGUUCUUCAAGCCCGCCACCACUCGAGCCCUCGUCAUCCAUGAAGGCCGCAGCAUCAAUGCCAACUCCAUCAUCUUCUCACACCCACUCAUCCGCAGCCUCGUUAGGCCACUCGAGGACCCGACCGGCACGCUCGAAAGGCCAGAGGCUUCGUGGCGCAGACAACUCAUCACCCAACCACCGGUCGCCGAGGUAUUCGCGGGCCUUUCGCUCUUUCAGGGACUCAGGAAGACAAUCACAGCACGGGCUCACGGUGUCACUAUGGGAGAAGUGGCGAGAGACUACGAAGGUGCACUUCCGGGGGGCCAGUUGGUGGAGCUUGUUCAAUGA